CCGCCCGCCGCAGAGGUGUCAGUGAACUUUGCACCGAUCAUUUAAAAGGCCCAGCCGCAAAUAAAUAAAACUCCACUCGCUCCUCGAGCCUCCUGCCUGCCAUCAACGCCAGAUCCUAGCCCGCCAUUAAUGCCGUUAACCCGAGCUCGAGAUCGGAGGCGGCGGCCCCGUGUUCGCGCCAGGAGUGGCCACCGUACGUGUGACACGCGCCGCCGCCGUUUAUAAAAGCACACCGCCGCUCGCUCGCUCGCUCGCCCGCCCGCCCGCCACUACUCACUCGGCUCGGGUUCUGCUCUGCACCUCAGUACCUCACACUGUCACCGCGCUUCUGUGACCUGACGACCUUCGGCGGCAGGAUGCUCACGUGCAUCGCGUGCUCCAAGCAGCAGUUCGCCGGCGGCGGCCCGCCGCUGCACGAACCGCCGGAGGACGACGAUGUAGUUGACGGAGGAGGCGGCGGCACGGCGACGCCCAGAACACGGCACGCCAUCAAGGCGCUGACUGCCCAGAUCAAGGACAUGGCGCUCAAGGCGUCGGGCGCGUACAGGCACUGCAAGCCCUGCGCAGGCUCCUCGGCGGCGGCCUCGCGGCGGCACCACCCGUACCACCACCGCGGCGGCAGCGCCUUCGGGGGCUCCGACGCCGGCUCGGCCUCCGACCGCUUCCACUACGCGUACCGUCGCGCGGGCAGUUCGGCGGACGCCACGACGUCCAUGAGCGUGCGCACGGACUUCCCUGCCGGCGACGGGGAGGACGACGAGGUGGCGUCAGAAGCCGCUGGCGGAUGCGGUGGCAAGGACGACGACGCCAAGGAGUGGGUGGCGCAGGUGGAGCCCGGCGUGCUCAUUACCUUCGUCUCACUGGCGCAAGGUGGCAACGAUCUAAAACGUAUUCGGUUCAGCCGUGAGAUAUUCAACAAAUGGCAAGCACAAAGGUGGUGGGCUGAAAAUUAUGACAGAAUUAUGGAACUUUACAAUGUGCAGAGGUUUAACCAAACUGUCCCUCUAGUCCCGACUACCCCAAAAUCUGAAGACGAGAGCUCCAAGGACGACAGCCCAGUAACACCACCACUGGACAAGGAACGGCUGCCUCGCACUUUCCACAGACAAGGUGGUGGGGCGAUGGGCUACUCGUCAUCAGAUUCUCUCGAGCAUCACUCAAACCGCUACUGUACUGGCCUCCUGCACCAGCAUGGACACCAAUGCUGUGAUUCAAUGGGCCUGGCAUCAACACCGAAGUUGUCAAGUAUCAGUGGGGCCAAGACAGAAACCUCAUCCAUGGACGCAUCGAUGAGGACAAGCUCGUCACCUGAAGAGGUCGACAGGUCUGGUGAGCUCACGGUGUCCAUCAGCAAUGCAAGCGACCAGGAGAGGGAGUGGGUCGAGGAAGACGAGCCUGGUGUAUAUAUCACAAUCCGGGCUUUACCUGGCGGGACCAGAGAGCUUCGCCGUGUUCGGUUCAGCCGGGAGAAGUUCAGCGAGAGGCAUGCCAGACUAUGGUGGGAAGAGAACCGAGCGAGGAUACACGAACAAUACCUCUGAGAAGAAACGCCCGAGACCAUCAGCAUCAGAAGCACAGAAAGCUUUCCUUCGGUUGAGCUGAUGGUACAUCUGGCACUAACACUUCUACAUGCAUUUCCAGCUUCAUUCAAUGUUUUGAUGACCGAAGAGGCGAAGGGGUCCCGUUUCCGGCAUUUUACAUUCUUUCAGUCCUUUUGCCGUUUUCUCGUCAGUUUUGAACUGGAAAUGCGUGAGCGACUCAUUUAGCUCAAAAAGGUCUCUCGUUUUGGGGGUGGGGUAAUGUACGUCUUUCACUGCUGAGCCUGUAGUUUCCACUUUCCGGCAACCAAAAGGUCUCUCGUUUUUCAUCAAUAAUACUACAUAUCUACCUGUUGUUUCCCAUAGGACAAAAUAGCAUGUUUGUGUCGUUGGGCACUAUUUUGCUGUUGUCACUGUCUUAUUGUACUACUCUUCCAGACAGCACAAUUAUCAACACACAAGUUGGUACUGAGUGCGCCCCAACUCAAAACCACUUUGUGACGGGUUGAUUGUAUCA